AAUUUUCUUCUUUCAUGGGGAGAAAGGAAAUAAAAGAGAAAAAGCAAGCUAAUCAGGAUGGAUGAGUUCACACACACGCAUAUACAUAAAAACAGAGAAAGGAAGUAAAAUCCGAAACAAAUUUCCAGCGUUCCCCACUUUCACGUGAGUGCUACUACAAAACCAGCUGCUUCGCACUACUUUCUACCACUAGCCAUCACCACUACUACCACUACUUACUACCACACUCUCACUCUUUUUCAUUCACACACAACUCACUCAACUCCUUUCCUCUUUUUCUUACCAGUUUCCACAACAUGUUUCUGUUUUCACAUUUCCAUCUCUAACCAAAAAAUCUAACCCAAACCAUGCUUCGUUUAAUACUAUUUCUCUUCACCUUCACACUAUCUUCCUCCUCAAACUCAACCCUUCCUCAAGACGCCAUUUCCCUACUCUCCUUCAAACAAACCGCCGACCAAACCAACAAACUCCUCUACACACUCAACGAGCCCUACGACUACUGCCAAUGGCAAGGCGUCAAAUGCGCACAAGGCAGAGUCGUACGCUUCGUCCUCCAAAGCUUCUCUCUAACCGGUUUUUUCCCUCCCAACACCCUAACCCGCCUCGACCAACUCCGAGUCUUGAGCCUCCGUAACAACUCCUUAUCCGGACCCAUCCCGGAUCUCUCACCACUCAUCAACCUCAAAUCACUCUUCCUCGACCGGAACAACUUCUCCGGUUCGUUUCCUCCUUCCAUUCUCUUCCUCCACCGCCUCAUUACACUUUCCCUCUCUCAUAACAACCUCACCGGUUCACUUCCGGUUCAGUUAACUCUCCUCGACCGUCUCAUUUCCCUUCGGCUCGACUCAAACUCAUUCACCGGUCCUCUUCCUCCGCUCAACCAAACCGAAUUAAAAAUAUUUAAUAUCUCCGCCAAUAACCUCACCGGUCCGGUUCCUGUCACUGAAACUCUCACACGGUUCAAACCGGCGCUGUUUUCCGAGAACCCGGGUCUUUGCGGUGAGAUUAUUCAUAAACAAUGCGGUCAUCGUUCUAGAUUCUUCGGUUCAUCAAACGCCACCGGUUCUUCCUCCGCACCGUUGAGUCAGAGCGAGGAAUCGCAAGGUAUCGUGGUGGUUCCUUCUUCUUACAAGGAAAAUAACCAUAAAAAAACCGGUUUGGUUUUCGGGUUAAUAGUUGGUAUUGCGAUUCUCUUAGUUAUUACGGUAAUUAUAAUCGGGUUAGUUAGAAAACAGAACACCGGGACAAAAUCGAAAUCGGAAUCCGAACCAUCGGCGUCGGAAACUCUACCGGCGGUAGCGGGAUUGGAAGUGAGAACCGAAGUGGAAGCCGUUACGAAGGUGAAGAUGAUGGAGGAAGCGCAUAGGAGUGGGAAGUUAGUGUUCUGCUGUGGGGAGGUGCAGGAGUAUACGCUGGAGCAGCUGAUGAGAGCUUCGGCGGAGCUUUUGGGAAGAGGGAGUGUGGGGACCACUUACAAGGCGGUGAUGGAUUCGAAGGUGAUAUUGACGGUGAAGAGGUUGGAUGCUGGAAAAAGUGGUGUGACGAGUGGGGAAGAUUUUCAGAAGCAUAUGGAGAUUGUGGGGAGACUGCGGCAUCCUAAUUUGGUUCCUUUGAAGGCUUUCUUUCAAGCGAAAGGAGAGAGGCUUGUUAUCUAUGAUUUUCAACCUAAUGGAAGCCUCUUCAAUCUUGUUCAUGGUUCAAGAUCGGCGAGAGCAAAGCCGCUGCAUUGGACAUCAUGCUUAAAAAUAGCAGAAGAUGUAGCUCAUGGACUUGCUUAUAUACAUCAAGUUUCGUCUUUGGUUCAUGGCAAUUUAAAAUCCUCUAAUGUUCUUCUUGGAGGAGACUUUGAAGCUUGCAUAACAGACUAUUGUUUGGCCUUCCUUAUAGAUUCUUCAUUACCCGAUGAUCCUGAUUCUGCAGCCUACAAAGCUCCAGAGGUUCGAAAGUCUUACCGCAGGGUGAGUUCAAAGUCUGAUGUGUAUGCUUUUGGUGUGCUGCUGUUGGAGCUUUUGACGGGAAAACAUCCUUCCAAACACCCUUUCCUUGCGCCAAGGGAAUUACAAGAUUGGGUUAGAGCAAUGAGGGAUGAUGAUUUUAGCGAAGAUAACCGGCUAGAAAUGCUCACCGAGGUUGCCAGUAUUUGCAGUGCGUCUUCACCGGAGCAGAGGCCAGCUAUGUGGCAAGUUCUUAAGAUGAUACAAGGAAUAAAGGAUAGUAUUUCAAUGGAGGAUACUGAACUCACUGGACUGACAUAGUUUGUGUUCAAAUUUGAUUGGAUUUUAUGCAGAGAAAACAAUCACAUCAAGUUUAAAGAUUGCUCUUGGGGAAAGUCACUUUGCAUGUCAAGUUUAAAGAUUAAACACCAUUUUUUGAGGGAAUCUCCACGAGUUAUUCAGCAAAUCAUGAGGAAUCGUUGUUGAUUUUUAGUGGGCGUGUUAUACUAGUCAUAUAACACGAGAAAAUGAAAUUUAUAUAAAUGUAUUUUAGCUUAAUUCAAAUUUUACUCGGUUAAUAUCUGACAUGUAACGAAUGCUUGUAUUUAAGCUUGAUGGGUAAAGAAUAUUCAGGCGUAAAUGUGUACAAAAGCAUGAACAUAUCGGUUCUAGUAAUUCAGCACUCCUAAAAUUUCUUAUAGGUAAUAUAAAGUAAGAGCCAUAAGAUAAAGGAAGCAAAAAGAAGUGAGAGUUAGAGA